AUGGACUACGCCACCUUUUCUCUAACCCUUUUACAGCUCCUCGUUAUGAUCGGGGUCUUCAAGCCAUUCAAGACAGGAUAUGAUAAUUUUUUCAUGGUCAAGAAUCUUGUUGAGGGUAAGGACACGACGGAGGAUUUGGUCAGUGAUACUCUGGAUGAGUUGGAGAGGGACGGGGGUGUUCGUGGCCUCGCAACGGCGGAAAAGUUGAAGGAGUGUGCUCAGAAGUUGGUUCGUAAGAUGCAAGAGAUCAGGGAAAGAUAUGGGAAAUGUCGGGGCAGUGGUUGGUUGGUUGUUGCAUUGAAGCCACGGGUGUAUUCGGAUGGUAGCGAGUUGAAAGAGUUGGAGAGGAGGUUUGAGGUUCUUGUGGAUAAGUACAAUGAGGUGUUUUAUUGGGAUUGUUGUAGUGGGUUAUGGCCUUGGUUUUUAGUUGUCUUGGUCGUGGUGGUGGUGGUGGUGGUGUGGUAA